UUCUCCCCAAGCACUACCGAGAGACGAAGUAACGAUCAAGCGUUCGAUCGAUCGAUUGUUCUACACGAGUCGAUAAUCAAUUUAUUGUCAACAAUCAUUAAUUCAAGAUGUCGGACACAGCGGCCUCAGCACCAGUGAAAGCCAAGAAGGCAAGCAAGCCUAAAAAGCCAAGCGAACAUCCAAAGUACGGCGACAUGGUUGCAGAGGCAAUAAAAUCAUUAGGCGAUCGUAAGGGAUCUUCUCGACAAGCCAUCGUCAAGUUUAUUAAAGCAAAUUUCAAGGUCGGAGAUGGCUCAGAGGUUCACGUAAAAUUGGCGCUAAAAAGAGGAGUGGCAAAUGGGAAAUUUACGCAGACUAAAGGAGUUGGAGCAUCAGGAUCUUUUAAACUUGUAAAACAAGUAGUCGAGAAGAAACCGAAAAAGGAAGUAAAGAAAACUGAGAAGAAAGUGGCGAAGAAGACCGUCACUAAAAAAACAAAGAAGGUCGCAGCAAAGAAAAAGGCAGAAAAACCCAAAAAGAAAACGGAAAAGCCUAAAAAGAAGUCGGAAAAGAAAUCUCCAAAGAAGACACCUAAAAAGUCAGUUAAGAAGAGUCCCAAAAAAGUAACGAAAAAAACAACGCCUAAAAAGCCUAAGAAGCCGGCAGCGAAGAAAGUCGUGAAAAAAACAGCAAAGAAAAGCACCACAAAGAAGAGCAAAAAAUGAACAUAAACUCAAGACGUUUUGACGAACAAUGAAUGGCAUUACGUUAAAUGAGCUUAUCUGAACAUCUAUUUCGUUUUGUGUUGUAAAAUACUGAAAAUAUGUUAAGCACAGGGCAAGACCUUGGUAUAAAAACUCAUCAAGAUUUGUUUCUUAGGGACGUUCAGUGUUAUACAAAUCGUUACAGUGGACUAGACCAAGACUUUAUAGGACGUAGUCGUAGUCGUAGUAAUAAUUAGUGUUGAAAUUUCGUAUUUAUAGUACUCGGAAGAGUGGUUGUUUAUUUGUAUAUAAAAAUGUACUCCAAAAGAAUAUUCCAAAGAGAAAAAUAUCAAUAAAUUUUUUAUACAGA